AUCAUAAAUAAAAUAAAUAUCUAUAAUGGAAGAAAAGAAGAACAACAUGGUCUACAGAUACCUUGGAAACAGUGGUCUCAAGGUAUCUCUCCUCUCCUUCGGAACUAUGCUCACCGAGCACACUGAAGAGACUGAGAAGGCUUGGCUUGAAUGUGCUAAACUCGGCUUUGAGAGCGGAAUUAACUACUUUGAUUCAGCUGAAUUGUAUGGAGGAGGAAAAGGAGAUGAACUCCUCGGAAGAGCCAUCAAAGAAAAUGAAUGGAGAAGAGAAGAUCUUGUCAUUGCUGUCAAAGUUUUCUUCGGAAAUAAAGUAAACAGAGUCGGUCUAUCUAGAAAGAAAAUUAUCGAAGCUACUAAAGCUUCUUUAAAAAGAAUGGAUCUGGACUACUGUGACAUUGUCUAUGCCCACAGAGACGACCAUGAGACCCCACUUGAAGAGACUUGCAGAGCCUUCAACUGGUUAAUCAAGAAAGGAUACGCUUUCUACUGGGGAACUUCAGCAUGGUCUGCAGAUAUGAUCACUGAAGCCAUCAAGAUAUGUGACCAACAUGGAUGGCACAGACCUGUUGUUGAUCAAGCUGAGUACAACUGCUUAGUCAGAGAACACCUCGAGAAGAGCAAUGUCAGACUCUUCGAGAACUACAGAUAUGGAAUCUCAGCUUGGUCUCCACUUGGAGGAGGAUUCCUGACUGGUAAAUAUAAUGAAGGAACUAUCCCAGAUGAUUCCAGAUAUGGAAAGAAUGAGAUGUUCAAAGGCUUUGCUUGGGACAAAUACAUUGGAGAACAUAUCAAGGAAAAAACACUAAAGAUUCUGAAAGGCUUGAAAGAACUUGCAGAUGAACUUGGUGUUACUCAGGCUCAACUUGCUCUGGCUUGGGUACUUGUGAACCAAGACGUCAGCACCUGCAUCAUUGGAGCUUCUAAAGUCAGCCAGCUUGAGUCCAACCUUGGAGCACUAGACUUGAUCGCUAAAUGGGACAAAGAUCUUGAAGCCAAAGUUGAAGCUAUCCUUGACAACACACCACAGAGAGACUUCAACUUCAAGCAUUGGGGAGUGCUCCCAGCCAGAAGGGAGAAGGUCAUCAAAUACAACACAAAGCUUGGACAAAUUGAGUACAAGGAUGACUACGAUACAUAUUUCUGCUAAUUUCCUCUCUAACUCUAUUGCUAAUACU